GGCGAAUUGCCUUCUCAGUGACUUUGAGUCGCUAGAGUCGCUCGAACGAUUUAUAGCAUUACUCGAGUCACUUGUAUAGCUAACACAAUGAUGAAUGUCAAUGGAUAAAUCUCUUCUGAGACGUAAAGCAUGCUGUUAUUUAAAUGACUGCCUUCCUUCUGAACAGUUGGUUAUACUUUUUGUCUAUCUUCAUUGUUAUUUAUUUUGUACAGUACAAUUACAGGGUGUAAAAAUUACGACAAAACGUCGUGUGCGGUAUCGAUUUGUUUGUAAUUCAAUGCCUUGAAGUUCAGUUAUGCCGGAAGAACUUCAUCCCCAUCCAAUUCCACACAAUAAAAUAUAUACUGACUAUGGAUGUAAUUGGGAUCAAAAGGCAAUAGUAGUCAUCGUCCUUGAUGGCGUCAAGUAUCUAAGAAUAGUGAAUUAUUAGAUAACAGGCACUGACAUCGGCUUAUAAA